AUGAGGCGACCUGCCCAAAGACGGCAAGGUCUGUGCAAACUGAUAAAGACCUGCGCGCUGGUCUUGGCAUUGCUUUUCAUUGACGGUGCACGCGAGCGUUUGACCUUUGUCGGUGGAGGAUGCCAUCCAUUCCAGCCUCUCAUUGCAUUUGACGGAAGAGUGCCGACGAGAUUGAAAGCAGAAGUCCGUAAUGCAAGUACUAAAAAACCUCUGAUACUGCCACCUCCGAGCAAGGCAGCAGAUCCGCAGAACCACGUUUUCCUCUCCCUGACAGACUACGACAAGAAAAUUGACAAGUUGUUUGAAGGAGACCAUGAUGUCGUCUUCAUUCGCGGUGGUGUAGCCUAG